AUGAUAUGUUAUGAAAUUGUCAAUCUGAUGUCAAAAUAUCUUAUUAAUUCAUUACCAGUAUGGUUUUUUGAAAUACGUGUGACUAAAUUCAAUAAACUGUAUUGCCAGUUGUCACUAAAGUAUAAACAACUUGCAUAUGUUUUAUAUCGAUUAGAAGAGAAAAGAAAAACUGUUCAGGCCCACUGGGGACAAAGUGUUUAUCUCGCGUGUCCAAUCCGUCGACGUCAGCAGGAGAUGUUAGGCCUCGGUUCAGUAGAAUGGUACCAUUUCAAACAUGACAAAGGAAAAUAUCAAAUCAUGCCACAGAAAAUGAAAUAUGUUGAAACUUCGGACUUUGGGCUUGUCAUUAUGUCCAUGAGUGAUGACAACGCUGGACGGUACGACUGUAAAGUGGAAGGCACUACGCUAUGUAGCUAUAACGUUACGAUUGAUUCAAAAUCAUGCUCUCCAAUCCAGAAAGAAUACAAAAAGGUUUAUACUGACUGGUGCAGUGAAUUUGAAAAAUACAAAAGUGCAAUGAAAUUAUGGCAGAACAAUCAAGUAAAAUGCCAAGGCCCUCAUCCAAAUGAUGUUGCUUAUAAUGGAGAUUCACCUCUAUGACAUAAUAUUAUCAUUGUAAAGUAAUUUAUGGCAAAAGGGUAUGUUAGAGCGCACUAGAUAAACUGGAGGUAUUUAAAAGGCACUAGAAUGUGACAGUGCUGACUCGGACUGUGUGAAGGGUAUUUUAUGUAAAGCUUGAUUCAAACACAAAGCUGGAAAGAGAAAGCUUAAUAUGUAUCCGUGGAAACAAUUAAUGGUUAAAAAGGUGAUCUGUAGUCAAGUUUAAAAAACAUCCUUGGAAUUUGUAUAACUAUUAGCUUUCUCUCUCUAGAAUAAACCAUUAAGUGUUCCCCAAUACUACGUGUAAUAAAGCUAGUAAGAUCCAUCAUGUAAAAAGUCCGUUUUUUUUUUUACAUAAGCUUGCUUAUUUUCGUGCUACAACGUGCCAAUGUGUUUUAUAUGAUGUUUGUAGAUACAAAUUAAUGUGACAUUAUUCAAGUUUUUGAUUUCAAGUUACCGAAACUGCCAUGUUAGAUACUAGUUAUAUAAGCACUGAACAAUAGUGUGAAAAUUAUAAUCUUUGCUUACAGUCGCAUCAUGUACGAUUACCGAUCACUGCUGCUACAAACUUAACAACCAACUCCUUAUACAAUUGUUACAAAAGCAGGGCGUCUACAAUCACUUUUUUUUGGAAUUGAUGCCAUGGAGAUAACACCCUCUUAUAUUAUAUAUGCAAAAUCAGAAUGAUUUUAAUACAAAUAUAAACGUGAUUAUAACAAGAAUACCAAAACACAUAUUUAUAUAACAAUCGUAAUGAUGUGAACGCCGUUUGUUCGCAAAGUGUGAUCAUAAUCAAUUAUAUUUGUAAUAUUGAGAAAAACGCGUCAUCGGCGAUGGGUAUGUGUGGAUAAAAAACUGUUAUACACUAUUAGGGAAAACCCUGAACGUCCGAAUAAAGAAUUUAGUGUUUAAUAAUAUAAUGUAACAGAUAUUUAAAAACAUUUCAAUCUUUUGUUCGUUACUCUUACUGAUCAACAAACCUUAAUGGUUAUUACAGUAAACGGUUUCUGACUGUUUCGAAUAAUAAUCAAUAAAUAUUUAAGUAACUUACAGUAACAAACCCUCAAACUGCAUGACUUACCAUCAUAAGAAACACUGUAAUGCCAACAACAAGAACAAAUAAUAGGUUUCUAUGUGCGAAGGAUUUAAUUCGAAAUGCGUAGUGAAAUCUUUAAAAAAUAUUAUGGAAAUAUGUACGAAUUAAGUUUAUAUUCUUGAAAGUAUUAACAGUGUAUGAGAAUAAGUUUCCUUUUUCAUAACUUAUGCUAAUAUUGAAAUUUUUUAAGCCUUCGAGGAUUGAGUUUCUUUUAUUAUAAUAUAAGAAAUGUAAAUAUUAAUGUAAUGUGAAGUGUAAGCCAAGAUAAAGUUUAUUAUCCUAAUUGUUGUUGUGGAGAGUGUUCAUAGAAUUACCGUUGGAACCGCUCUACACGCUUUGACACUAAUUAUUUUAAAGUCACAUGACCCUUGAGGACAUUCCCAAAGGAAAACAAAGUCAUUGAGUUAAGGUCCGGGAAGUAGAAAGGUCUUUAACGAGGUCCAUGUGGCAUAUUUAAUGUUGAGAAAAAAUUUUGUUCCACUAACUGAAAUGGGCGUAUUCUCAAAAAAGAGAACUUACUGCUUUACACGAUUAGACGUUGGUAAAGGUGUUUAUAUUUGGUGUAGCGUUUUUCAAUAGACACAGUAACCCUUCUUGAACUGAUACUUUUUCUUGGCUCAUUUUGUAUAUCAUUAAGUACAAAUAUUUUAAACUAUUAAUUUGUAGAUGAUUGCUCUAUUAAUGCAUUUAUUUACGUUUUUAAUCACACUGCCUGUAUAUUUGUUUUUCAUAUUGUUUUAGUAUUUCAAUAGCAUAUAUCUUAUUUUAAGAAUAGUAUAUUAUAUCCUUCCGGAUCUCUAACAAUACUAAGCUCGGUUGUCGGGUUUAAUUAUAUCCUUCCGGAUCUCUAACAAUACUAAGCUCGGUUGUCAGGUUUAAUUAUAUCCUUCCGGAUCUCUAACAAUACUAAGCUCGGUUGUCGGGUUUAAUUAUAUCCUUCCGGAUCUCUAACAAUACUAAGCUCGGUUGUCAGGUUUAAUUAUAUCCUUCCAGAUCAAUAACAAUACUAAGCUCGGUUGUCGGGUUUAAUUAUAUCCUUCCAGAUCUCUAACAAUACUAAACUCGGUUGUCGGGUUUGAUUAUAUCCUUCCGGAUCUCUAACAAUACUAAGCUCGGUUGUCGGGUUUGAUUAUAUCCUUCCGGAUCUCUAAGAAUACUAAGCUCGGUUGUCGGGUUUGAUUAUAUCCUUCCGGAUCUCUAACAAUACUAAGCCCGGUUGUCGGGUUUAAGAACAUAAUUUGAAGUUGAAUUAUUUUAUGAAUAUUUGGCAUACGUAUUAAUUUGCACCAUUCGAUGGAAUAUAACAAAACAGAAAUUCAAUAACAUGCAACUAUAA